UAAAAGGCUGUUGUUUAAGGCACCAAAGGAAACAAGGCACUUUGUACACACAGCGUCGUGAGAUUGUGUCGCUAUUCUGAUAUUUACGAUAUUGUAAGUCCUUCUUCACGCUUCGUAAAGCGUGACAGGGCAGUACAGUGAAUUUUGCACUUAAUGGUAUUCUAUGGUCACCCAGAAUGCGCACACCGUGCAGUCUAACGGCAAAACCAUACCAUGCUGAUGCUUUGCGUGCCAAGUUUAAUGAAUCCUCUGUAUUUUUCGCUCUUUUCCCCCUUUUCUUGGAAGCUGAAGAGUUUCUUUAUUAAGUAAUCGCGGAAUCUUAAAAUAUCAACCGCAUUGUCAUACAAAUGGUUCAGGGCUGCUGAGUCUAUUCUUGAUAUAAGCUAGGAAAUAUUUAUAUUGACAAGAUGGAUCAGCCCUCUGAUAUAAAAGAAGAAUUGCAGCUUGCUGAUACACAGCAACCUCUAAUAGUCAUGGUGACAUCUGCAGAACAGGGUCAGGAUGUACAAGUAGAACAAUCCACUGAUCAUCAGAAUCAAGCGGAUAUUAAUCAAGCAGAAGAUCUUCAGGCUGCGAUUCAAAGAGGAAAUAUUACAUGGGCUACUGUGGAUGAUACAACUCGCCUAGAUGGAGCUAGUGUGGUCUCUUUGGCUGGACAUGAGGGAAGCGUAAUUGUUUUGGGAAAGAUGCAGGAUGGUCAGAUCAUCACGCGUGGUGAUGAUGGUCAGGACAUUCUGCUUAUGGUGGAACUCAAGUAUAAAGAUGUUCUUCUUCAAGAUAUACCUGGACAAAACCAAAUCCAGACCAAGACAGAAGCAGUACAUCUUCAACCUCAAACUAUAACCUACGCUUCACCCAAGACCAGAGUCAUCAAUUAUGUAACCGACCCCCAGUCUAAUGGACUCAUCAAAGCUCCUCAGCAACUUUCUUUCACUUCGGACGCUCAUGAUAUUUCCACCAAUACUCAUACUGUGGCAUUUACUGAUGACCAAAUUACAAUUGGGAAGACUCACCUUCUAGCUUAUGAUGCCCAGGGAAAUGCUCAGGCCAUUCCCUAUCCAAAUGUCCAGCCUUUGACUCUUGCAAAGGGUCAAACAAUUAGUUACAUUUCUGAUGGCUCAACCUUACCCUCAACCUCUCAUUAUACUGAUGGCUCCACUGUGCUAGCCAAAGACCAAUCUCUUACUUUUUCUACUGCUUCAACCUCUCUUGGACCUAAUGCUCAUGUGAUAUCUUUUGUACCAGACGCUACACUAGGUCGUUCACAAAUUUUAGAAUACACAACUGAUGACAUAAGUGAGCCUAAAAACCCGUCCUUUAGCAAUGUUGACAAUGCAUCUUCAAUUAAAAUGGAAAGCAUUGUGUUUGAAGACAGUUUAUCAGAAACUUUAACUGAAACAAUUACAGGGGAUUUACCUGAAAACAGCAAUGUAACAACUACAGAAGUAGACAGUUUGAAACCAUUUCCCUGUACUUCAUGUCCGAAGCGUUUUAUGAGGCGCACUAAUUUGCGUGCACACAUGGCUCAACACAAUUCAGCACGCCCUCAUACCUGUGAAACUUGUGGCAAAAGCUUUGCAAUGCGUUGGGACCUUACUCUUCAUUCUCGUCUCCAUACAAAUCUAUAUCAGUGUGAUAUUUGUGGUAAAUCCUUCUCAGGAAAGGGAAAAUUGGAAAGGCACCGAAGAGUUCACUCUGGCGAACGGCCUUUUUCAUGUGAAACAUGCUCUAAAGCAUUCUCUGACAAACAUAACUUGGAAGCUCACAUAAAGACGCAUUCUGAAGAAAGACCGUACACAUGCACUGUGUGUGCUCGUUCAUUUCGGUCUCGCUCACAUUUACGAGCUCAUCGCCGAGUUCACACUCAGGACACACCUUUCACCUGCCAUCUGUGUGGUAAAUCCUUCAAAUGGAAAGCUAAUUUGAAUCUCCAUCUCAAAGUUCAUAAUGGUGAGCGUGUUAAAUGUGAUGGUUGUGGAAGAGAGUUUGCAAGAAGAGGGGACUUGGUUCGUCAUCGCCGCUCACAUGAGGGCUUACGGCCUCAUGCUUGCACAUUGUGUCCCCGGACAUAUGCAGAUCGAGCUGCUCUUAAUAAGCAUUUAAAAAGUCAUCAAGAGCACAGACCAUUUACAUGUGACAUCUGCAAUAAAAGCUUCCACUUCUUGUGGUAUCUAAAUGCUCACAAAAAAAUGCAUUUGGAAGUCAAACGACAUAAGUGUCAUAUAUGUGAUAAAGAGUUUUCUAAGCGGGGAAGUUUGACCACUCAUCUUAAGGUGCACAAUGCUAAUUCCUUGGAAGAUGAUAGACCAGACAGUACAGUUGGUAUAUCUGGCGCUGAAAGUAAUUCCCUUGAAGCUGAUGAUGUUCUCCACAGCUCAUCAUUAAAUGUUCCUGGUAUGAAAGUUGAGGUUGCCUUGGAAGACUUAAAGGUUAAUUUAAAUGAUGUUGCAGGGCUGAACAGUAACAGUUCUGAUGCAGUAGCGGAAUUGACCUCACUUGAUGUCAUAAUGCCUGACUCUGUAGUUGAUUCGUCAUUGUCAAAUGAGGCCAAUAUGUGAUUUGAGAUUGUUCCAUUGUGCAUAUAGAUGUGCAACUGAUUUCAGUAUGUACUGUAUAUGUUUUAAUUUCUGUAUAGAUUUGUGAUGAAUAAUGAUGAUAUUUAUUCGCUCUAUUAUAGUAUAUGUUGUAGAACAUAACUUAUCAUUGGGAAAAGAGUAUAAAUGAUUUUUGUAUGGGCAAGGCUGUGAUCAUGAUCACUUAUUUGAUUUUUUUUUUUUAAUUUCAAGUAGGCCUUUUGUUUUGCUUUGCAUUCUUAAUUUGAAUAGAAUUUAACAUGUAAAUUCUUCCUCAAGUUUCUUCCCAAGUUAAAUUCUCUGACAGAUUAUUUGAUUCAGAAAACUACCUAAAAUGGAUCUCUAAAUUAAGCUAUGGAUGUAGUAAGUGUGACAUCCAUGCUUUAUUUUCAUGAAAAUUCAAUUUUCAAAUGUGGUUUUUCACCAUGUUUCUAUCAGUGUAAAAUUUGGGCACUUCAUCAAGCAAUUUAAAUAUAUUUUGUGUGGGAAUAAUACUUCAUUUGUGGUGAUAUUAUGGGUCUUCUAUGAAUGCAACUUUUCAAGUUUUGUUGUUAUUGUUAUUUUGUUGUGAUGUAUAUCACAGGAGGCUCCAAUGCUUACAAACAAAAACAGACUGUGAUUUUCCUGAUAUGUGUCUAUGUUGUGUGUUUGUGCUUUUGUACUUUUGAGUUUCCUGUCUUCCAGCUCGUAGCUUACUAUUACUUAAACCUUGUAAUCUUUCGUAGCUAUUCUCAAAGUAAAGUUAGUUAGUUAUUUUUAGAUAUUUUCUAGUUUUAAUCGAAAUAUGCUAUCUUUGUCAUUUGUCUUUGACCCAUUUGCAAGUGUGAUUAGUAGAGUAACUUGUGGUGUUUGUACCGAACACCAUGCAAUACCGUACUUGCUGAACAAGUUCAGUAUUUUAAAUUCCCGUCACUUGUGCAUCUAGCUUUAUUUUUCCUUUUUGAGUAUGUUGUUUAAAUUUCCAGGAAACUAGGGUGUUAAAAACAAAAAUAAAACAACAACAACAACAGCACCAACUGACAAGCACAUGGGUGCGCUUCUCUAACAUUUUGAACUAAGUGCCUCCCUUUCUCAUUGAAUUGCUGAUGCGUUCAUCAUGUGAUAAAUUUUCUGUGAAUGCAUUAUGGUAUUUCGUGAUCAUGUAAAUUUUUAUUUCAUUAACAAUUAUGGGUUUCUGGAAUGUGGGUUCCUGUAAAUCCCUUACUCUUCCAUUUAAAAUAUUUAAUAUUUUCAGUUUUUCUUACCUGUCUUUCAUCCAGCUUUUUGUAGUUGUUAUUCCAAUUUUCUUCUCUUAACUCUGUUGUCAGCUAUUUAUUUCUAUUCCCCCUGACAUUCCUUAGCAUUUGAGUGCUGGGGUGUGAAAAUAGUUGAAGGCUUCAUGUUUCAUGCCCCUAUUACAGAGGGGUAUUUUCUUUAGUUAGAGAAGUUGUUCUCUUGCAGUAAUUUUAUUUGGGUUGGUGUGGCUGUAUUUUAAAGAGUUGAAUAUCUUUGCAAUUUUCACUUCUGCUUAAGGAAAUGAGAGGUGUGGCAACAUUGCUGUGAAAUCAAAUUUAUCACCCACUUAGAUGACACAUACAAUUCCCUUUAAAUCUAUGACCCAUUUACCCAGAAACAAGUUUUGGUUGUUACUGUCAAGUGAAACUGUAAGUUCAUUGGAUGUUAAUGAACAGCUUGUCCUUCUAGUAUAUUUUAUUUCCACCAAGCGAUUCUUUAGUGGUGCUGUCAGUACAUCUUAAAGAGCAGAAAACAAAUAACAAUAUUUGACUUUUUAACUGUGAAUUUCAGAUUCCUUGUGUCAAUUUAUUGAGGGUAGGGAGGGGUGUAUGUUAAACUUUGUGGUGUCAUGUAUGACUCCCAGCAAGGUGUUAUCUUCAUGAAUCAAACCAAAGUAUUUCAUACUGAGAUUUGAGUUUUACUUCAGAAGUAAUAUUGAGUUGUUUUUUUCCUUCCCUUUUUUAUUUAUUCAGGCGUAGUUUGACAUGCAGUGUAUGUAGGGUGAAGUUAGUUUGUACAUAAAGUUCUAUGCUGAGGUGUAAAGCUACCUCAACUUAAGUGGUGUUGAUCAUUCCAUUGGUUUACACAUCAAUAAUAUUUAUGGACUAUGUGUCACAGUAAUAUGUUUAUAUGUGUGUAUUUUCAUUUAUUUACUGGAAUGUUAUUCUUUAGUAAGGUAUUGGUAUGUGCUGUUUGUAUUGUGUUGUGUGGUGGUAUGAUAGUACAUUAGUAGACAUUGAAGAAAUCAUGUUAUGGGACUAUAAUUCACAUUGAAUUAUAGACAUUUUUUAAGGAAAUGUA